AUGUUCUUCAUGUUCUUCUUGUGCCGAUCCCGAUCGCUCUGGUUCGUCGCCUUGACGAUCUCGAUCCGCUCCGCCGUUAGUCCUUCCGACAUCGGCGUCCACGCCCCGCCCACCGACUCCCAGUCGGCGGCGGCCACCGCAAACCGCCGCUUUCUAUUUUUCAGAUUUUUUCAGCUUGCUGAAUGCAGUAGGCUUGCAAAUCCUGUAUCAUCCUUCAUUACCAUCACGGUCCAUAAAAUUCUGACAUUUCUUUUCAUAUAUGCAGGACACGAGCACUGCUCAGUCCCAUUAUGGGAAAGGGAAUUCUGCAGUUAUGUUGGCAACAUUUCCUGGCAUAGGUUCUGCGAAAACAAGCAAUAUGUUUCAGUUUACAAUAACCUUGAGCAGUGGGAUGAUUCAGGAGCCUUUGAGAAUUUUCAGAAUUCAAAAGCGAGGUUCUGGGCUAAUUAUCAUGGCCAACCUUCUGGUAUUCCUUUGCCAGACCCUGAUAUGUACAUUGAUAAGGUUGACCACCUCUGCAAAGUUGACCCUGAGUUGGUAGCUGACCUGGAUAAGGUACGGCUACCAUUUGACUCGGAUUAUAGUUCAACCCUGGCUACUGGAUCGGACAAUGCUGGGGCAGAUAACAAGUGUACUCAGAACAGGUCUGGAAACUGGGACAUCUAUAUAGAAAAGCCAGCUGAAGUGAAUAAAUGGGACUGGGACGCCAAUGCGAUUUGGGGAGGGAAGGAUGAAUCCUCCAGUAAAUGGGGUAAUAGCAACUCCGGUUGGGGUGCUUCUCUGGAGGAGCCUAGUUGGCGCGGCUGGAGCAACAACCAGUACGCAUCAAAAAACAGGAAUAAUACCUUCUAUGGUGGAUCCAACAAUAGUAGAUACCGGGAGGAGGAUCCAAGUCACGCAUCUGGAAGGAAACGGAACCACGGUGGGUACUUCCAGCAGAGGAACAAUAAACAGAGGAACCAGGAUGAGGGGCACCACCAAAGAAGCAGCUGGCAGGAUCAUAGAGGAAGGAACAGAGAAUAGCGUCCAUGGCACACCUAGAGCCUGCCAAAAAGGUCAGGGCAUAGAGGGUGGCUCUUGAUCGCUUGGCGAAAUCGCCGCGUUUUGUUGAGAGAUGAAUAGUUUUAUAGCUUUUGAUUUGCGCAGUCAGUGGCUGCUGGCAAAUUGGUACGUGUGAAUAGAUUUUGAGUUGUGCUGCCGCUCUUCAGGAGCUGUGGUCUUGGUUUUCUUCUGUUGUAACGGGAGCAUGCCAUUCCAGGGCAAAGGUAGUUCACCUGGUUAUACUUCUCCAUUAACUCUGUUCAUGAAUUCUAAAGCACAGUGCAGUUUCUCCAAGUUGAA